AUGCCCCAGAGGAACGUGUGUCAGCAAUGCAAAGCGUACGACGAAGGCGCCGAGGACCCCCAGGACGGGCGGUUUUAUUGCAAUUCCUGCUGGGCGGCCUACAACGGUUUCAGCGGUGGCACCAAGACUGGUGCGACGAAUGGCGGUCGCCGUGGUGACAAGGAAAAGAAGGAGCGGGCGCCACGCCGAAAAGAGCUCGCGGCCAUGAACAAUUUGGGCCACGAUGCCCAGGGUGUCCUUCGUCGACUGGAGGGCAUGUACGCAAGCUGCUCGCAUAAAAGACGCCCUGAAAUCCAGGCGACGAGUCUUCUGGAGGACGUGUCGAUGGUCAUGGCCGACACUGACAAGCAACAGCGCGCGAGUUCCUUUGUUGGACAGUUCAUGCAGCGGCAGCGGACCAUCACGGUGGUGUCUCACUUGGGUGAGCCCCUCUCGCCUCGUGGCGAUCGUGUAGGAUGUGUGGGGCGCUCCGCAUACCAGGAGAGUCGCAAAGUGCCGCUGGACAUUUUGCUCUCCAGCGUAGACGAUAUCGUCUCACAAAUAUAUGUUAACUUUGAUGAGAGCAUGACGCAAGUCAUCCUGAAUGCCCUUGACAGGGUGACAGCGUGCGAUACACAGAACCAGCGGGACGCCAUGCGGGUGCGUGUCAUUGACGAACUUCUGGAGACCCUUGGCGACGAACACUACGAUCUCCUCCAGUGUGUCAUGCACCGACCACGUGACAUCUUUCUUCGUCUUCUGGAGGAGUUCUGCACUCUUGAGGACGACGAUGACAAUACGGGUGCCGGGAGCACAUCUGCCGCGUCACCACAACACGCACUAACCGUUCGUUUUGUGAAGACAGCAAAGCAACGUUCAGCCAUGCGGGAGGUGGUGUUUGCCCACAAUGGUGAGGCGACGGACCAACGUUGGCUGGCUCACAUGACACAGCGGUAUCGACAGCUCAUGCGAGAGUCGGACUUGGAUCAGUUAUUUAAGCGUGAUCUCAGCGUCAUUGGUUCCUCCAUGCCUAGUGGUGCCACUGUUGUGCAGAAGAAGGACCACAUCCGUAUUCA